GACCCUCCAUCGUGACCCCUCCUAAGGACAUCUGGAAUGUGACGGGAGCACAGAUCUACCUGAGCUGUGAAGUCAUGGGCAUCCCAACCCCUGUCCUCAUCUGGAACAAGAUAAUUCGGGGACAGUAUGGUGUCCAGAGGAUGGAGCUUCUACCUGGGGACCGGGAAAACUUGGCUAUCCAGACCCGAGGGGGCCCUGAGAAACACGAAGUGACUGGCUGGGUGCUCAUAUCUCCUCUGAGCAAAGAGGAUGCUGGAGAAUACGAGUGUCAUGCAUCAAAUGCCAAAGGAGAGGCAACAGCUUCUGCAAAAAUCCACGUUGUGGAAACCCUGCAUGAAAUAGCCCUGACCAAAGAUGAUGGUGCAGAGCUGUGAUGUGAUGUGAGGACUUCCACUUACGCACAGUUUUCAAUUAGUAUUUUGGAAAGCUGCAACCUCUGGCUUUUUUCUAGCUCACUAAUCACUCCCUUUUAACUCCCUUACUCUUUGAUUACCGAUCUGCUUGCACACUUAUUUCACAUGUACACAAAUAAAGAGAUGCACAAGUUUGAUUACAAAUUUUAAUUCUAUUUACAGGAAAUAAAACUUUUCAACAGCACA